AUGGCGAUCAGUGAUCUCCUUUUUCCUUGCUUUGAAAUACCUCAAGAAAUUGUGACAACAAUUUUCGAUGGCGAAUGGUUUAUCGAUGAUAACUUUGGUCUUGCACUCUGCAAACUUUUGCCCUUCCUUAAGAACGUCUCUUGGACUGUCUCGAUCUAUAGUUGUAUCCUCAUCGCCCUUGAUCGGUAUUACGCUGUUGCUCACCCAUUUCUCAAGGGCGGCUUUAGCAAGUCAAGACUCAAGUACAUCCUUCCAGGGAUCUGGAUCUUCGCAGUCAUUCUGUGUAUUCCUUAUUUUUCUAAUCAUAAACUUUCAACACAAUACUAUCCUUAUUUUGGUAGAUUUACCAGUUGCGUGGGAAGUUGGGACUUGUUUGGUAUGCCUCUUUCAAUCGCCAAAGACUUCCAAAUUUACCUUCUUUUUGGUGYAUCAUUUGGAAUACCCUUCCCGGUCACGGUAACCCUGUACCUCCUCAUAGUUUGUAAACUCCGUAAACACAAAGCACCAGGUCAGACUUUAGCUGACACAGCUAGAAUUAGAAGAGAGAAACAAAACAAGAAAGUAUUGAGGAUGUCGGUUGCUAUUGUAACUCCGUCGCUUGUGAGUUGGAUUUUUAUUCACUGUUACAUGUUCUUAUCGUAUUACGGGAAGCUUUCACACUUGUCGUCCUUCACUAAGGAAGAUGUAUUUUUUGGCGCGUAUUUUCUUAUCCAGAUGACAUGCUGUUAUAAUUUUUUCAUUUAUUUGAUCUUCAAUGACAUGUACAGAGCAAAUUUCAAAGCAAUUUUAAGCCCAUGCUUUUCUGUAUUCCAUCGAAGAAGCAACGCUGCUUCUGAGCAAAUCACAAACAACAGAUCAAGUGGAAAUGACAUAGAUAUAGUGAAAUUUGAACGAAGAGAGCAUAGUUGUGAGACAUUUGAAAUGCAUAAUCUAUCCCUGUCAAACUGA